AUGGAAGACCUGCCCAAGGUGCAACAGCGCCGUCUAUCGACUUCUUUGCGGGAGGUGGAAGAACGCCGGCUAGUUAUCGCCGUAGACUAUGGCACAACAUAUACAGGGGUCGCAUACGCUACUCCUGUUGGCAAACGGGCUCUGCUGGACGAAAUUGAUAUUGUUCAGGAUUGGGGUCCUAAGAUGGGCAACCACAUGAAAAUCCCAAGCGUCAUCUCAUACUCGCUGAGGAGCCAGGCCAAAGAAGAGCAGUGGGGAACAGAUCUGAGCCCAAAAGCCAUCGCGAUGGUGCAUACCAAACUUCAGUUGGAGGUUGAUGGUACUUCAGCGGAGCUGGACUUGAUUUUGCAGGCGUUGGACGGGAUGCAUAAUCUGGACUUCCAAUACAUUAUCGAUCACGGAGGGGACAAAUUUCCACGCAAGACCCCGGAGGAAAUUGUGAGGGAUUACCUGACGAAAGUUUUUGACUAUCUGCUCAAGGCAGUGGCUCCAUUUACCGAAGCGUUGAGAAAAACCAUACCCGUCGAUAUUGUUGCGACCGUUCCCGCAGAGUGGGGUUACAGGGCCAAGAACUCCACGUUUCAAGCACUCACGCGAGCCGGAUUCAAUGAAAGAACUUUCCCGCAGCUUAGAGACAUGCUGCUGGUCUCAGAGCCCGAGGCGGCGUCUAUCUAUACUGCCAGAGUUCUGAAGGAACAAAAUGGUGCAGACUUUCUCAGGAAAGGCGAAUGCUUUGUGCUGUGCGACGCAGGUGGGGGAACGGUUGAUGUGGUAUCAUACAAAGUAACGAAACUGGAGCCGAAUUUCGAAAUUGAACGAGUCACAUUACCGACGGGCUUCAAAUGUGGAUCCAUUUUUAUCAACCUGGCCUUCAAGAAGUGGCUAAGAGACCUGCUAGGAGAAGAGAUAUACCAGAUAUUGGACCAAGCGCAAGUGGUAUCCAAUAUUAGUUCCCACGAUGCGGAGGGAGAACGAAUGCGCGUCCUGAUGAAAAAUUUCGAUGUCCACAAAAGAAAGUUUGCGAAAGACCAUCGAGAUAUCAAAAUCGACUUACCAGAGCCUUUUGAGAACCUCAACAAGGAAAAUAUAGUAAUAGGAGGCCAGAUCACUAUUACAUACGAAGACAUGGAAUCCUUCUUUGAGCCUUGUGCAAACAAAGUAGUUGAAUUAAUCGAAAACCAACGGGAACAGAUUGAGGAUAUACGUGAACGAGUCCGUCUCAAGAAUGUGUUCCUCGUUGGUGGGUUUGCGGAAUCUUUGUAUUUGCAGGAAACAAUCAAAGAGUCUCUUGAUAUGAGGGAACUUGACCUACAAAUACCCAAAACUUCAUGGACCGCCGUUGUCCGAGGUGCCGCAAUCUUCGGGAUUGAGAAGUCAGCCAGCAAAGUUACCAUGAGCGCCUGUUCCCGAAGCUAUGGAGUAUCUCUCCACGCACCCUUUUCAGAUAUUACCCACGAUGUCAGGGAUCGCGUCGAGGAUUCGCUAGUCCCGAUCAUGGCGAAGGAUCAGCUGUUGUGGUUGAUCAAGAAAGGGGACUUGAUUCUUUCCAACGAGCCCAAACAAGUCACAGGGCCUAUCACCAUAAACUUGACGGAAACCCGCCCUAGGAGCGGAAUUAUUCCUAUUUAUGCCUAUGAUGGGGAUAGAGACAGGCUUCCCGACCGCUUGGCCAAUGCGGAAAAUGAAAUAAAUAGGUUUCAUGUCAUCAACUACGAUCUAAAAGAUAUCCCUUUGCAAGAAUUCAUACGCAGCGACCCUGUAGGCCCGUAUGCGGCCUUCUAUGUGGCAGAGCUCAGCCUCACUAUGAGGCUAGCCCCACGAAACAUCCUGCAGCUGGAGUUGCGCUGGAAGAACCGCGUGAUCUCAGAAUCAAACGUCAACGAGCCUCCGGUACAAGCUGAGGACUCAGAUUGAAGUCUGGUUCUACUUUCUAUUUGCAAGCAUCAAGUGAUGAUUUGCAAACCCGUGCAAGGGAG